AUGGAGGGCACAACUCAGAGACCUUUUGGGAACACCCCAAACCCGACACACACCUACCAACGUACAAGUCAACCACAAACCCCACCAGGCUCAACUUCUGGAAGUCCGAGGGUAAAGAUCGAGGAGUUCACAAGUCUUCCCGGGCUACGCAAUGUCGUAUCUACCGAAGUGAGCUCGCCGGUGAAACUUCCCAGCUUGGGAGAGUUUGAUCAAGGUGUAGAGGAGCUCAUUAGAGCACAUGGGCCCGUGAAGAGCGAGGCCGUACCAUCUCCACUCCUUGGACUCUCUCGCAACCCGACCGUUCUUGAACCUCUGAAAUCUAUCACACAACCUCAGCCCUCAUGGUCUGCCAGAAGCCGCGCCGCCGAAGACACAACCAGUGAACAGUCUAACUCUAGGCGAGGGACCAUCGCCUUGCCUGUCCAGCACCCUUUCGCUGUCGACUAUUCACGGCAAUCUCUAAGCAGCUUCGGCAACCAGGAUACGUACUAUGGAUAUGGCAGUCCAUCACUUCAGGGUCUACCUGGCAUGAGCUGCUACCCGAGUCCACCUCCUGAGGGAGGCGAGAGCCGUCACAUUAAUCAGAAGUAUACGACAGAGGAGGGCGACUAUAUCAUCUAUGCCUGGCACGACAAGAAAAUGAAAUGGCAACAAAUCAAGCAAGAGUUUGCCGCUCGAUUCGGCAGCACACCCGAGCGUACUGUCCAAGGUCUCCAAGCCUGGUACUACCGUAUGAACCAGCGCAUACCUAUUUGGGAUCAGGAGGGUUGGCUCUGCUUCGAUAAUGAGGACGACCUCGAACCACAGCAUGUCAGCAUCAAGUGUCGUGAACGUGAUAGCCAGGAUAAACCCGCAGAACCACUUGGUCUCGCCCAGCGAUACCCCGAGAGGGCUAUUCACUACUCUUGGGUUGACCCUGAGAUCAAAUUCAAGUCCAGCGACUGGGCUGCAAAGAGGGCUAUGCAAUAUCGCGAGAGGCGAGAGCGACGUCGAAGAAAGGAGCAGCGUCGCCUCAAGCUAUGA